UUCAGGCUAAUUGAGAAGCGGCAGCCCAAUGGAGAAACCAUUGAGUUAUCAGCGGAGGGCCGUCCUGAGCUGGUGGAGGAGAAGGAGAUGCCGGUGGUGGACUGUACCUGCUUUGGCUUGCCGAGACGGUACAUCAUCGCCAUCCUGUCUGGCCUGGGAUUCUGCAUCUCUUUUGGCAUCCGGUGUAACCUGGGUGUUGCCAUUGUUAGCAUGGUCAAUGACCACACUGUCUACAAAGGCAACAAGGAAGUACUUGUGGCUGCGCAGUUCACCUGGGACCCUGAGACAGUGGGGAUGAUCCACGGCUCCUUCUUCUGGGGCUACAUCGUCACACAGAUCCCCGGGGGCUUUAUAUGUCGGAAAUUUGCAGCCAACAGAGUGUUUGGCUUUGCCAUCGUGGCCACAUCCACCCUCAACAUGCUGAUUCCAUCUGCUGCUCGCUGCCACUACAGCUGCGUCAUACUGGUCAGGAUAUGCCAGGGCCUUGUUGAGGGUGUAUCAUACCCAGCCUGCCACGGAAUCUGGGCCAAGUGGGCGCCUCCUCUUGAGAGAAGUCGAUUAGCCACAACAGCCUUUUGUGGAUCCUAUGCAGGGGCGGUGGUGGCCAUGCCUUUAGCUGGGAUACUGGUGCAAUACAUUGGGUGGUCUUCAGUAUUCUAUGUCUAUGGCAGCUUUGGGAUAUUCUGGUAUAUGUUCUGGAUUCUGGUGUCAUAUGAGAGUCCCGCAGCCCAUCCCACCAUCACACCAGAGGAGAGGAAGUACAUUGAGGAUGCAAUCGGAGAGUCUGCGUCAUUUCUUAAUCCACUCCAUAAAUUUAAAACCCCAUGGAGACACUUCUUCACCUCCAUGCCAGUCUACGCCAUCAUCGUGGCCAACUUCUGCAGGAGCUGGACCUUCUAUCUGCUGCUCAUCAGCCAACCGGCCUACUUUGAAGAAGUCUUUGGCUUUGAGAUCAGCAAGGUGGGCAUGGUGUCAGCUUUGCCCCAUCUGGUGAUGACAAUCAUCGUGCCUAUUGGAGGCCAGUUGGCAGACUACCUGAGGACCCACAACCUGAUGUCCACCACAAACGUCAGGAAGCUCAUGAACUGCGGAGGUUUUGGAAUGGAGGCCACCCUCCUGCUGGUGGUGGGUUACUCUCACUCAAAAGGUGUUGCCAUUUCCUUCCUGGUCCUCGCUGUGGGUUUCAGUGGAUUUGCUAUCUCAGGGUUUAAUGUCAAUCACUUGGACAUCGCCCCUCGAUAUGCCAGCAUAUUGAUGGGAAUCUCAAACGGGGUGGGAACGUUAUCAGGGAUGGUGUGUCCUCUCAUAGUGGGAGCCAUGACCAAACACAAGACACGUGAUGAGUGGCAGUAUGUCUUCCUUAUAGCUUCCCUCGUUCAUUAUGGAGGAGUGAUUUUCUAUGGAAUCUUUGCAUCAGGGGAAAAGCAGUCUUGGGCGGACAUUGAGGACACCAGCGAGGAGAAGUGCGGUAUCAUCGGUGAGGAUGAACUGGCCAAUGAGACAGAAGAGCUCUACCGCGGAGGCGGGCAGUACGGGGCCAUGAGCCAGCCAGUUGUUGGUUCUAACGGAGGAGGUGCUGGAGGAGGGGGAGCCGGGCCGGGAUGGGUGUCGGACUGGGAUAAGUCUGAGGAGUAUGUGCAGCCGCCUGGAUACAACUCUUAUAUGUAUGGGGGAGAAGAGGAGAGGGAGUUGACAUAGAAGACUGACGUGAUACAAGUUAAAGAAAAGAGGAAGAUUGUUUUUGGAAAGGGAUUAUAAGAGAGCUAUACUGCUAUAGUGAAAGGACCUGCUGUGUGCUUUUGUACAAUAUUUACAAUUGCAAACAUCAAAAGUAUGGAUCUGAUUCAUUUCAUUGUCCGGGCUUGUGUGUGUGUGUGUGUGUGU